UCGUGAAGAAGCGCCUCAGGAGCCUACUCAAACUUGGUCAGAAUCACACAUAACUCACUUGUGGUCACUCUAUCCAAAUCUAACAAAAACUUGUUGACUCUCUCUAUAAAAACUACACGCUCACGCUACCCACACUUCACUCAUUUACCUUCAUAAUGAUGGGUUCAGAGAAGAAGAAGCUCCACCAAGACCAACCACAAACACCGCCAAAGCUCUCUCUGCUAACAAUUUCGCGGGCGAGCAUGCCGCCGGAUUUGCCUACUCCACCGCCGCGGACGGCGGUGUCUGUUCCGUUCGACUGGGAGGAGGCGCCGGGGAGGCCUAGGCCCUGCCACAGCGGAUCCAGGCCCAAGGGUAGUGAUGACGUGGCUAGAACCUUGGAACUUCCUCCGAGGUUGGUUUUGUUGGAGGGCAAGGGUUCGUCGCCGACAACCGUGCUGGACGGGCCUUAUGUUGGACGCGCCAUGUCUUUUACGACGUCGUGUAGGCCUUCGAAGGACACGUGGAAUGCGAAUUUCGCGUCUAACAGGUGGAGCGCGUUGAAGAAGAACGAGGCAGAGGAGGGUAGUUUUGACUUAUCAACUUCAACUGUGGAGGGAACGAGUAAGGUGAAGAUCACAAGGGUUAGAAGAAAAGGAAGCUUUUCGACUCUCUCCCACCGAAGUUCACACAUGUGGUGCAGGUAAGCAUUUGUGAAACCUUUAAGCAAGUGGUACCCUGGAAGCGCAGGAAAGAAAAGCAGGGAAAAUGGAUGCCCAAAUUUGACAGCGUUUGAUCUUUGACCAAUGCAACGUUAGAUUCCUCUGUCAUGGCCAUUACCCUAGGGUGGGUAAAAAUAUGGAAGAGGGUAUAACAAUGUGGAUAAUGAAUGAAGUUAGAUUUUUAAAAAUGUUAUUGAUACUAGACUCGUUGAUAUACUUCUUGUUCAAAGAUAAAAUUUAUCUCUUUAUCAUGCGAUGUAAAAGUUUGUUUUUUAGAUAAUCUAAAGUUAGAAACAUGGAGAUAAUAGAGUGAAUGAUACUCAAAAGUUGAGGUAUGACUUUUAUUUUUGUUCAAUUAUGAAAGUAUAAAAGAGAGGUUCUUUAUAUUAGAACUUGGUAGAUAUAUCUUUAAGCAAAUAAUAA